UCUCUCGUUCCGUCGAAGAAGAGAAGAGAAGAGGAGAGAGAUAUUCAUAGUGGUCGAGGCGGCGAGGCGGCGAUGGGAGCUGAAGACAGUCCAAAGAAGCAGUCCUACUAUCACCCGCCGUCUCCGAGGAUGGCCGCGCUCAAGUUCAAGCUCAAGAUAGCCAUGCUCGUCCUCCUCACCAACCUCAUCACUCUCUGCCUUUUCUCCUCCGCGCCUCGCCCCUUCCACCUCCCCCGCCUCUCUCUCCCCAUCGCUUGGGACGCCGCCUCCUCCUCCUCCUCCCUCGUGGCCCACCUCAACUCCACCUUCGCCCAGCUCGCCGCCACCCACUCCCGCAUCGCGGACUUGCACCGCCAGCUCGCCUCCUCCAACUCCCUCGUCGAGAGUCUCCUCGUCGAGCUCGCGGGCUCCCGUGGCGGCCGACCGCACGACGACUUGUCCAUUGGCCCGGCGAGCGAUGGUAAUCUCCCGGACGAGCUGAAGCUGGCCGUUGGACCGCACAAGCUCCCGCUCGGCCACUCUCCGAGGGUGGGGUCCGACGUCGUGCACCCGCCGGUGGGGGCCGCGUGCUUGAGGUUCAAGGAGGAACUGGCCCAGUACAUGUCGUACGACGUAGGAGGAGAGUGUCCCACGGACGAUGUGUUCGCGCAGCGCCUCCUGCUGAAGGGUUGCGAGCCGCUCCCGCGGCGGAGAUGCCACCCGAAAUCUCCUGCCAAGUACGCAGAGCCGACCCCGUUCCCGCAGUCCCUGUGGACGACGCCGCCCGAUUCGAGCGUCGUGUGGGAUGCGUACACUUGCAAGAGCUACAAGUGCCUCAUCGACCGCAACAAGCAGCGCGGUUACUUCGACUGCAAGGACUGCUUCGACCUGCAAGGUCGGGAGAAGCACCGUUGGAUGUACGACAACGGCAACCUCGACUACGGGAUCGACCAGGUCCUGGCCACCAGGCCUCGAGGAACGGUGCGCAUCGGGCUAGACAUCGGGGGAGGGAGCGGGACCUUCGCGGCCAGGAUGAGGGAACGGAACGUGACCAUCGUCACGACCACGAUGAACUUGGACGGCCCGUUCAACAGCUUCAUCGCGUCCCGAGGGCUCAUCUCGAUGCACAUGAGCGUGUCGCAGCGGCUGCCGUUCUUCGAGAACACGCUGGACAUAGUGCACUCGAUGCACGUGCUGAGCAACUGGAUCCCGGAGGCGAUGCUGGAGUUCGCGCUGUACGACGUUUACCGGGUGCUGAGACCGGGCGGGCUGUUCUGGCUCGACCACUUCUUCUGCGAGGGGCCGCAGCUGAACGGGACGUACGAGCCGAUGAUCGGCCGGGUCGGGUUCAAGAAGGUGAGGUGGAACGCCGGGAGGAAGGUCGACAGGGGACCGCAGAAGAACGAGUGGUACUUCUCUGCACUCUUGGAGAAGCCCAUGACAUGAGUCGAUGCUCUACACAGUCCUUUGAUCAAUUU